GAAGAGAGGACAUACAGAAGAGGAAGAGAGGCAACGACAACAGGCUUAUUGCUUUAUUUAAAGUGAAACAUACACAUUUAUACAGAAGUGGGAGUCUGAGCUGACAACGCGAGAGAAGAGAAACAGAAAGACUGAGUGCAGAGGACCACGUCCACCAUCAUGGCUCCUUGGAUGAGGACUACCACGGAGCGGUACGGUGUAGUAAAGUGGAAUUUUGUUGGCCAAGAAGAGAGGCAGCUUUCUCUGGAGAUAGGAGAUAUGGUCCACAUCCAGGAGGUUUGUGAUGGAUGGUACAAAGGUUAUCUGGCUAAAAAUAAGGCCCAACAGGGAGUGUUUCCUGUAAGUUUUAUCCACCUGAAGGAGGUUUUCAUAGAAAAACAGGGAGAUGAGGAGGUGGUGAUAUCUGCAGAAAUGCCCCUGGUGAAGGAGGUGACCACCACACUGAGAGAGUGGGGGAGCAUAUGGAAGCAGCUCUUUGUGGUCAAUAAGCAGGAGCGUGUGAAGCAGGUCCAGAGGCUGAUGUGGGAGCUGAUGGAGUGGCGUUCCCAGCUCCUCUCUGGCACUCUUCCCAGUGAUGAAUUUAAAGAACUUAAACAGAAAGUCACCUCCAAGAUUGACUAUGGCAACAAGAUCUUGGAGCUGGAUCAAGUGGUACGUGACGAGGACGGGAAUAUCCUGGAGCCUGAGCGAGCCAGCGUCAUUAGUUUAUUCAGGGCCCACGAGGAGGCAACAGCCAAGAUCAAUGAGCGCAUCAAAGAGGAGCAGUCCAACAUCCAGACAGACCAUUCUGGGAUCUCAGCACGGAUCCAGUCCUCCCCGACACACAGCCUCUACGUCUUUGUCAGGAACUUUGUGUGUCGCAUUGGAGAAGACUCGGAGCUCUUCAUGUCCCUCUAUGACCCCAUCAAACAGACCAUCAUCAGUGAGAACUACUUGGUUCGCUGGGGCAGCAAAGGGUUCCCCAAAGAGAUAGACAUGCUGAACAAUCUGAAGGUUGUGUUUACAGACUUGGGGAACAAGGACCUGGCCAAAGAGAAAAUUUUUCUGAUUUGUCAGAUAGUGAGAGUUGGCAGGAUGGACCUGAAAGAGGCAAACACCAAGAAGUUCACUCAGGGCCUCAGGAGACCCUUUGGGGUUGCAGUGAUGGACAUCAGCGAUAUCAUCAAAGGGAAGGUUGAAUGUGAUGAAGAGAAGCAGUAUUUCAUUCCCUUUUUUCCGGUAGUUGCUGAGAACGACUUCCUCCACACGUUGCUGAACAAAGUCACCGCUUCGCGAGGAGACAGUGGAGGCCAAGGUUUAUGGGUAACAAUGAAGGCUCUGAUUGGGGACAUUGUUCAGAUCAGAAAGGAAUACCCUCAUCUGGUGGACCGUAGCACAGUAGUCGCACGAAAGCUGGGUUUCCCAGAGAUCAUCAUGCCCGGAGAUGUUCGUAACGACAUCUACCUGACCCUCCAGGGUGGAGACUUUGACAAGUACAACAAAACCACACAGAAAAAUGUGGAGGUCAUCAUGUGGGUCUGUGAUGAAGAAGGCAAGGUCAUACAGAACUCCAUCUGUCUGGGAGCAGGUGACAAGGCAGUUAGUGAGUACAGAUCAGUCAUUUACUACCAAAUCAAACAACCGCGCUGGAUGGAGACAUUUAAGGUGGCAGUCCCUUUGGAAGAAAUGCACAGAAUUCAUUUACGCUUCAUGUUCAGGCACCGCUCUUCACAAGAAUCCAAGGACAAGAGUGAGAAGAACUUUGCUAUGGCAUUUGUGCGUCUAAUGAAGGAGGACGGUACAGUUCUGCAGGAUGGACUACAUGACCUUGUAGUCUUCAAGGGUGACAGUAAACGCAUGGAGGAUGUGAACUGUUACUUGUCACUGCCUCCCACCCGUCAUCACCAUGGCGACCUUCACAGGGGCACAGCGAUCAGCCGCAGCUCCAGCAGUGUGUCUGGGAGCGGAGGAAGCCUGUCAGUCAGUUCUAGGGACACCUUCACCAUCUCCACCCUGGUCUGCUCCACCAAGCUCACCCAGAAUGUGGGACUGCUGGGCCUCCUUAAGUGGCGGACUCGACCUGAACUCUUGAAAGAUAACCUGGAGAAACUGAAACUCAUCGAUGGGGAGGAGGUGGUCAAGUUUCUACAGGACACUCUGGACGCUUUGUUCAACAUCAUGAUGGAAUACUCUCAGAUGAGCGACUAUGACAUCCUCCUGUUUGAUGCUUUGAUAUACAUCAUCGGUCUGAUCGCUGACAGAAAGUUCCAGCACUUCAACACCGUGUUAGAGGCCUACAUCAAGCAACAUUUCAGUGCCACACUGGCAUAUAAGAAGCUGAUGUUGGUGUUGAAGAGGUAUCUGGAUGUGUCCAGUCGAGGGGAACAGUGUGAGCCCAUCCUGCGUACCCUCAAAGCACUCGAGUACAUCUUCAAGUUCAUCGUUCGCUCACGCAUGCUCUACUCCCAGCUGUAUGAGGGGAAGGAGCAGGCAGACUUCGAGGAGUCGCUAAGGAGACUUUUUGAGUCCAUCAACAACCUGAUGAGAACAGACUACACAACCACUCUCCUACUUAGGGUUGCUGCUCUGAAGUACCUCCCGACUGUCCUGCCUGAUGUCGAGAAAGUAUUUGACGCCAAACUCCUCAGUCAAUUGCUCCAUGACUUUUAUUCCUGUAUCCCGCACGAGAAACUGCAAAAACAGAAGGUGGCCUCCAUGAAUGAAAUUGUGAACAGCAAGCUCUUCCAGAGACAAGAUUGCCGUGAUGUCUUGUUACCCAUGAUGCUGCAGGAGUUGAGCAGCGCCCUGGCCAGCAUGGCAGAUGGGCCUCAUGAUGAGAGGAGAAAUAGUCUGGAGUUGCUUAACAACAUUCUGGAGGUCCUCAGCAGAGACAAUGUGGGGGAAACAUUUCACCAUAUCCAGGACAUUGUUGUGUCUCUGUUGAGGAUCAUCAAUCAGACAGUCAUUACCAUGGGUCGAGAGCACGCACUUAUCUCCAGAGUGGUUGCCUGCAUGACUGCGAUCCUCAAGCAAAUGGAUGAUCAUCACUACUCCACAUACAUAGAGACCUUCAGUGGCACUUCUGAUCUGGUGGACUUUCUGAUGGAGUCCUUCUUGCUUUUCAAAGAUCUGAUUGGGAAACAUGUUUAUCCAUCUGACUGGAUGACCAUGAUUAUGGUGCAGAACAGAGUGUUCCUGAGAGCCAUCAAUACCUACGCUGACACUAUGAACCAGAAGUUCUUAAAUAACGACGACUUCGAAGUGCAGCUGUGGAAUAACUACUUCCACUUGGCCGUGGCAUUUAUUACUCAGGAAUCUUUGCAGCUUCAGCAUUUCUCACCAACCAAGAGGAACAAGAUUCUGGCCAAGUAUGGGGAUAUGAGGCGACUUAUAGGCUUUGCUAUACGAGACAUGUGGUACAAACUAGGCACUCAUAAGAUCUGUUUCAUCCCUGGCCUGGUGGGACCAAUCCUGGAAAUGACUUUGAUCCCAGAGGAGGAGUUGAGGAGGGCCACCAUUCCCAUCUUCUUUGACAUGAUUACCUGUGAACAUGCACACUGUGGACAUUUCCAUAAGUUUGAGAAUGAGAUCAUUCUGAAGUUGGACCAUGAAGUGGAGGGAGGAGGAGGAGAUGAACGAUACAUGCAACUGCUGGAAACAAUCCUGCUGGACUGUUCCUCAGAGAAACCCACACUGAGGCCACAGGUGCAGCAUUUUGUCGCGCUGGUGAAGGGACUUCUCAUCCGUCUCCUUGACUACCGCACUGUGAUGACCGAUGACAGCCGCAACAACCGCAUGAGCUGCACCGUCAAUCUUCUGAAUUUUUACAAGGACAUCAAUCGUGAAGGGAUGUAUAUCAGGUACCUGUACAAACUGCGGGACCUUCACCUGGAGAGUGAGAACUACACGGAGGCAGCGUACACAUUACUGCUGCACUCACGUCUGCUGAAGUGGUCUGAUGACAUGUGCAGUCCCCAGUUUGAGUUCCACGGCUCUCAAACACAGCGGCAGCUUAAGGAAACGCUCUACGACACCAUCAUCAACUACUUUGACAAGGGCAAGAUGUGGGAGGAGGCCAUCACUUUGUGUAAGGAACUCACGGAACAGUAUGAAAACGAGAUUUUUGACUAUGAAUUGCUCAGCAAGAGACUGGAGAUACAGGCCAAGUUCUAUGAGAGCAUCAUGAAGAUUUUAAGGCCUAAGCCGGACUACUUUGCAGUGGGCUUCUACGGACAUGGCUACCCUCCAUUCCUCAGGAACAAGGUAUUUAUCCACCGCGGUAAAGAGUAUGAGCGCAGGGAGGACUUUCAGAACCACCUGAUGAGUCAGUUUCCCAGCGCCGUGCGCCUCAACACCACCACCAUGCCUGGGGACGACAUCAGGAAAUCCACACUUCAGUACAUCCAGUGUUUCACGGUGCAGCCUGUUCUUGAGAUCCCUCCUCGCCUCAAGAACAAACCCGUCCCUGAUCAAAUUAUCAACUUCUACAAGUCGAACUACGUGCAGCGGUUUCACUACUCCAGGCCAGUGAGGAAAGGACCCGUGGACCCAAACAAUGAAUUUGCUUCCAUGUGGAUUGAACGCACCACAUUCACCACCGUCUAUAAGCUCCCUGGGAUCCUGCGCUGGUUUGAGGCUGCCGACAUGAAACAUACCACUCUGUCUCCACUUGAGAAUGCCAUUGAGACAAUGGAAUCCACGAAUGAGAAGAUCCUCACAAUGAUUAACCAAUAUCAAGCUGACUGGACACUUCCCAUCAACCCUCUCUCCAUGCUGCUCAAUGGCAUUGUGGAUCCAGCGGUCAUGGGAGGAUUUGCCAAGUAUGAAAAGGCAUUCUUUACCGAUGAGUAUACACAGCAGCACCCAGAGGACAAAGAGAAGCUGCUCCGACUCAAAGACCUCAUCGCAUGGCAGAUCCCCCUGCUGGGCGGAGGGAUCUUCCUCCACGGAAAGAGAGUGACGGACGACCUGCGCCCAUUCCACGACAGGAUGGAGGAAUGUUUCAAACAGCUAAAGAAAAAAGUGGAAAAGGAGUAUGGUGUGAGAGAACUGCCAGAUUUGGAUGAGAGGAAAUCCACUCGUCCUCGCUCAAUGCUGCGCUCCUUCCGUCAGUCUAUCAUCUCCAUUUCGUCACUGCAGGGAUCUGAAUGUGGGACUCCAACCAAGCUCCAUGCAGACCAGGAACUCCAGCCUGAGUCACCAGUCUCCUGGCCUGCCACCCUGCAGCGCUCCAGCGGCAGCAUGACUGCAGUGGACAAUGUGGUUUUGACAGUGGGUGAUGCUGAAGUCAAACUCAGGAGAAGUAAAAAGAAGAAGAAGAGAAGCAGCAUGAUUUUGAUCACAGAGGAGAGAGAGAGGAUCGACUGUAAGCGGCUGUCCAAGAAACAGGAGUUCCGCAGUGACACCAAUUUGGCUGAGCCAAAUGAAACAAAUGUCUUGCUGAGCAGUGCAAACUCCAGAUCUCUGCCCACUAUCACAGGUCAGUCCUUAUCAGUUGUGGGUGGAACAGAAGAGGUGGACACUGCAAGAGCCAGGAGGGACAGUAAAAGCAUAUCUGUCUGUGUGGCCUCUGACCGUACAGCAGACAGACGCUCAAAGGGCGUCAUAAACCUCCUCUUCAAGUCAAAGCAGAGUUCCAAACCUGAGGAUUUGAAGACUGGAGAUGCUGCUAAGGACACUGGAAAUCACUUCUGAAAUCCAUCGGUUGAACUCCUUAUUGGUUUGACUGACUUCAUAUGCAUUUUCAGAAACAGACAAACAAGUUCACAUAAACAUCAAAUGUAGUCAAAUAUUGUCACUCACACACUCACUCAUGCUCUCCUGUUGCCAUAAAGUAAUUGAUUUUACUCUGUCAAUAAAUGCUGUGCCUGUUGAGUGACAUUUUAAACAGGUAAUUUAAGUGAUUCUCAGGGAAUCUAAAUACCACCUUUCAGCUUUCAAAUCAACUCUCUUUCUGCAAGAAUGAACAAACACAAACCAUCCUGGCGGUUUGUUGAUUAAAAAGCUUCUUAUGUGCUUUUCACCAUUGAUGCAGCUUUAUGAAAUUAAUGAUGAAUAAAAAUAAAAAAAACUGUG